AUGGCUGUCGUGGCUGUCGCAGAGGCCGCGGCUAGCCGCUUAUUGCGGGGCUUUCUGCCGCUGCUGCUUCUGCUUCAGUGGUGCUGCGUGUCCCCCGCAGAUUUCUUGAAGGUGGAGAUGGAAGGGAAGAAUCAAACUGUGUUGCUGAAUGACAAUGUCACCAUCUCCUGCAAGGUCUCUGGUUCCACACCCCUGGACAUUAACAAGUCGGGUAUUAUUUGGUAUCUGAAGCAUCAGGCGAAUGAAACAGAGCACAUGGUGUUUAUAAUGUAUGCAGACAUUCAAAAGGCAUUCAGACGCGGAGCCAGCGUGUCUCCAGCGGGGCUAGAGAAGGGGGACGUCUCACUGCACCUUCCUGGAGUCCAGCUGAGAGACACAGGAGAGUACCGAUGUGAAGUGGUGGUUACCCCCGAAAAGGCCCAGGAAACAGUCUUUCUAAAAGUUUUGGCUUCCCCAGAGUGCACCUGGUUUCGAGAGCAAGCUAUGGUGAAAGAUGAUGGCGACAAAUACAUUUUGUGUAAGGCAUAUGGGUUCUAUCCAGAGGACAUUACCAUAACAUGGCAUACAUGGACCCAGGAAAACCACCAGGGCCAGGAGAUUUCUGAAGGUAUCACCACUGGUCCAGCCAUCAAGAAUGAGGACGGCACAUUUAACAUCACCAGCCGUGUGAGGCUGGAACACAACGUGACCACCUACCAAUGUGUGAUAAGUCACAGAUCCUUGCCCACCUCCUGUAGGUUGAACUUCACCCAGUUUUGGAGAGGAUCUGAGAUGGGACAUACCUGGGGCCCUAGUGACACUUCGUUGGUUGCUAUUGGCUGUUUUGGAAUAGCAGCAGCAAUCAUUCGACUGAUUUAUUGUUACAAAAAAAGAAAGCUGCUUCUCAGGAGUCAUGAUCCAGUACCACAAGAAGAGACUAAAGAAUUGGAACUUGGUGCAUUCAUGAUGUCUUCAGAUGGAGGAGCACUGUGUAAGGCAAUUCUUACACAGACGGAUAACAGAAACCUCACACUUUCUCAGAGAACGGGUAACUGA